AUGGGCUGUGUCCUUGGGAAAAUAGCCUCCAGGAGAAGAGAAACUCGACGGAGGGAAGAAAAUGGGUGGGUUUCAGAACCCCACCUCACGAGGGUGCAGAACGACGGUGGAAGAGAGAAGAAGAAGAUUGGAGAGAUUCCGGAGGCAGAUAAGGGAAAGCUUAGGUCCGCGGCUUCUGCGCCGGAGUUUCGGCUAAGAACUGGCUGCGCCACCACUCGGGAAGGGUGGCCUUCGUGGCUAGUAGACGUCGCCGGCGACGCCAUCAAGAACUGGACACCCCGCCGUGCCAACACGUUCGAGAAACUCGAUAAGAUUGGACAAGGAACAUACAGCAAUGUGUAUAAAGCUCGAGACUUGAUAACAGGGAAGGUGGUUGCAUUGAAGAAAGUAAGGUUUGAUAACCUAGAGCCAGAAACCGUUGCAUUUGUGGCGAGAGAGAUACUCAUUUUGAGUAGGCUGAAUCAUCCUAACGUAAUUAAGCUCGAAGGGCUGGUUAUUUCGAGAAUGUCUAGUAGCCUUUACCUCAUUUUGGAAUAUAUGGAGCAUGAUCUUGCUGGCCUUGCUGCUGUCCAUGGUGUCAAGUUCACAGAACCCCAGGUCAAAUGUUUUAUGAAACAAUUACUCUCUGGGCUUGAGCAUUGCCAUAAAAAUGGCGUUCUACAUCGUGAUAUCAAAUGCUCUAAUUUGCUAAUUGAUGACGAAGGAAUCUUAAAAAUAGCCGAUUUCGGGUUGGCUUCUUUUUAUGAUCCUGAUCGCAAGAAGCCUUUGACCAGUCGGGUUGUCACCCUCUGGUACCGUCCUCCAGAACUCUUACUGGGGGCCACUUAUUAUGGGGUUGGUGUUGAUCUGUGGAGUGCAGGCUGCAUUUUGGCAGAGCUGUUUGCUGGGAAGCCAAUAAUGCGGGGUCGGACUGAGGUUGAGCAACUUCACAAGAUCUUUAAAUUAUGUGGUUCUCCAUCAGAGGAAUAUUGGAAGAAAUCCAGAUUGCCAAAUGCAACUCUUUAUAAACCUCAGCAACCUUAUAAGUGUUGCAUAGCAGAGACCUUCAAGGAAUUUCCACCAUGUGCUCUCGCUCUGGUAGAAACUCUUCUUGCAAUUGACCCUGAUGCUCGAGGCUCUGCCACUACAACAUUAAAUAGUGAAUUCUUUAACACUAUACCAUAUGCCUGUGAGCCAUCAAGCUUACCGAAGUAUCCUCCAAGCAAGGAAAUGGAUAUAAAAUUGAGAGUUGAAGAAGCCAGAAGGCAACGAGGUUUAGGUGGGAAGGCCCACGUCGUAGAUGGUACCAGAAGAAUGAGAAUUCAUGAACGGGUAGGCCGUGCAAUUCCUGCGCCAGAAGCCAACGCAGAGAUCCAAGCAAACUUAGAUAGGUUGCGAGUUGAGUCACAAGCUAAUGCUAAGACAAAGAGUGAGAGAUUUCCACCUCCCCAUCAGGAUGGAUCGGUUGGAUACCCUAUGGAUACAUCAUUACAAGAUGGCCCUGUAUCUUUUGGUGCAUCCAAUGCUUCUUUUAAUUCCUCAAUUUUUUAUCCAAAAUCAUCCCGAUUCCUGAGAAAUAAUACAGUAACGAGUGCAGCUACCUGGAGGAAAAACAAGAAAGAAGAGCCUCAUAUGGCUCCUCGGAGAUUUACCAACGCAUUCUAUCCUUCCUUAAUUGGUUGGUCUAAGGACUGGAGGUUCAACCGGAGACGAUCAAUUUCAGAGAAUUUUACCGAAAGAAGGUAG